ACCACACACACGUAUAUACACAGAGCGGCGCGGAACCGAACGUUGUGUGACAGACACGGUAUUGUGACAGUGCGACGGGGAGCUGCCGCGCGCUCGCUAUAUCGGGAAGCAUUCGCCGCGAGAUUCGUCUUCGAUAAGAGGAGGAGACGAAGGAGGAGGAGGAGGAGGAGGAGCAAGGUUGAAGUUGUGUUUGGAUUUUUGGCUACGCGGGUUCAAAUACGGUUUUCAAGCUUGUGGCACAUUCAGACCGAUUCGUAUCCAGUGGGCUUGAGGAAUUGUGAACAUUGAAGUUGACACGAAGUAGAGAAGUAGAAAAAGAAGGACGACGAGGAAGAGUGGUUGGAGUUUCGACUGGUUUUGUUGAGAUACCGUUUUGGAAGCUGUCUUUGUUGAGAGUAUAUUAUUGUACGAGUGAGAGAGGAAUAUUGUGAAUAUCGAGAGAUAUAAUGCUGUCGGGUGUCUAAGGGAGGAGAGUAAAGGAAGAAAAGGAUGGAAACGUCAUGGUGAUCUCGUAAAGAAGGUGCACUGACUCUAAUGGGGGGAUCCGCUCGUACCGGCUCGGUGUAUCCGCGGCGAUGCGGCGGAUUCCGGGAAUAACGGGGCUGAAAGCGUUGAGAAUGCGAGUCAGUGAGCAAUCCCGAUGAUAUUGCCAGAUAGACACCGAUUCAAGUGCCGCUGCUACGAUGACAGUUGCCUGUUGGCUGUCCCGCUGAUGCUCAGCUAGUACACACGAGUCGAUGGAUAAGCGAGAAAAAUAGAGAAGGAUGAGAGUGUAGGACUAGGUUGGAUGAUAUAUCCGAUGGUAGAGGAACGGUUACCCACGGGGGGAUAGAGCGGAAUCGGACAGGCGAGUGUACGCUCGUUAGUGAGGCGGAGAUAGCCUGAGUGAAAAUUACGAUGCGCGUUAAGUGACCGAUGGUGAGGUCUUGCAGAGACAUUUAGGGGCCGCGAGACGUCUAACGAAACUGAACUUACACCGAGGUUGCUAUAGGUGCCGAUAAUUUAUAGCCAAGCAGCUCGCGCAGUCCGAAAGGAGAAAGAGAUCGGACUUAGAAAGUCCAUAAACCUUUCGUCGAACUCGUUCCUCUCGAUCCCUGAUCCUCGACACGCCGAUGCAACACAGCCGAGGGAAUAAAAAGUGGUUAGACAUGAGCAGCAGCGAGGGCGUGGUGACUGGUCAGGGUACCGGAAGCGAUCGUCUCUGCGAGGACGUCGAUAUGGCCACUUCAACGUCCGCGUCGUCUAACCUGAAGCCGCGAAGCGGCAAGAUCAGCUUCAGCGUGGACUCCCUGCUGAGCGACAUGAAGAAGACCGCGGUGAGCGGCGGCGCGUUCGCGAGACGAGAGAACGACGAUCGUAUGGAGACGGAGAAGAGUCUGGACAUGGAGGCGAGGUAUCGAGAAUUAUUGAUAGAACAGCAGAGACUACAGAGCAGAGAGCUAUUAGCGAGGCUUAGCCCACACGGAUUAGCGUUCGCGAAUCAUCAUCAUCACCCGUCGAGCAGACUGGAUCAGGAUCAUCCGUCGGCUGGCCGGCAGGAGAUCCUAACCGUGAAGGAUUUCUCUAGAACGACCAGCCACGACAAGUCGUCCUCGCCGAUUCGAAUAGACCAAGAGGUGCAAAGGGAUCGCGACGAUCGACGAUUGUCAGCCAGCAGCUCGCCGGCGAACAGGAUCACCGAAUCUAUGAUACAGAGGGAACGGAGCAGCCAGGACGAGGACGAAAGGAUCGACAGGAUCAACGAUCCGCGAUCCGUGUCACCUGUGAGCAGACGCGAGAUCAUGGACGAUAGAAGCGACUCAGAGGCGAAUCGUUCGCUGGAAGGCGACAGAACCGAUCAUCUCGACCUGGAGGAUCAAGAGAUCAGAAGCGUGGGCCAUUCGGAGGACUUGAACGUGAUGGACUCGGAUUGCGAGCUCGAGAGAGAACUGGACAGCAAUCAGGAGAAAGAGGAGAAGUCAAGUCCGGUAGUGCCUCAACCGAUUCAUCCAGGAGUUCAGAGGCCCUCUCAGGGACCGCCUUACCUAACCGGAGCACCCGGUGCACCCGGUUGGAAUCCCGCGGGAUUUCCGCAUUCUCUCGCGGGAUUCGCGUGGCUACCCCCACCCCCGCACCCACACAAUCCCCAUGGACAUCUUUACACGCCGCACGGAGGGCCCACCAGUCCGAACGGCGACCUGAGGCUGCCGGGGCCGGGACCAGGUCCGGUCAGGUGCACCCUGAGGAAGCACAAGCCAAAUCGCAAACCGAGGACGCCGUUCACCACUCAGCAGCUGCUCUCGUUGGAGAAAAAGUUUCGUGAAAAGCAGUACCUAACUAUCGCCGAACGAGCGGAAUUCUCCUCGUCCCUUCACCUCACGGAAACGCAGGUGAAAAUCUGGUUCCAGAACAGGCGAGCGAAGGCGAAGCGUCUGCAGGAGGCGGAAAUCGAGAAGCUGAGGCUGUCUGCGAGGCCGCUGCUUCACCCGAGUUUCGGCUCUGGCCUCAUGUUCUCCGGAGUGGGGCCUCCUGGAACACCAGGAGUGCCUCCCUUCAUCGCGGCGGCCAUGGCUAGGCACACCCAUGUCGCGGCCGCGGCAGCCAUGUUCAUGGGGCCCCCUGGACACAGGCCUUAA